AUGUCCACUCCUUCGAGGCCGCUGGCUGCACUCAACUCGCGCUCGACAAGUCGCAUCUUGCAAGGUUCCGUCAUCUCGCUCCCCGCACAUGCUCGUCUUGCCUCGACAUCAGCUCCUGCUGCAGCUCCUGCCGCCACGAUCGCUCCUCCACCCACACCUGCUACGGAUGCUCUCGCGACCGACAGCAACCCUUUUGACAUUAGCGACGCUACCGAUUAUGCCAACCUGCCCGAGAGACUCGGUUUCCUUAAGGAUCUCGGUCUGGACUACGGCUGGGGUCCGACUUCGGUGAUUGAGUGGUCGCUGGAACACGUUCAUGUCCUCUCCGGUAUGCCCUGGUGGGGCUCCAUCGCCGCAACUGCCUUCCUCUAUCGCCUGGCCCUGGUUCCCAUGUUCAUGAAGGCGAGCGAGAACGGUGCCAAGAUGCGCGCAAUGCAGCCCAUCACAAAGCCCAUGAACGACAAGAUGAUGGAUGCCAUGAGAAACGGCGACAGAGUUACUGCCAUGCAGAUGCGCCAGGAGAUGAUGGCCAUCAACAAGGCUGCUGGUGUCAGCACUAUCGGCAUGCUCGUGCCCAGUGUUGUGCAGGGUGUCUUUGGUUUCUGCGCUUUCCGUCUGCUGCGUGCCAUGUCCAACCUCCCCGUCCCCGGUCUUGAGACUGGCGGAUUUCUCUGGAUUGCCGACCUGACCCAGACCGAUCCAUACUUCCUUCUUCCCGCCAUCAUGGGUGGCACCCUGCAUAUGGUCAUGCGCAUGGGUGGUGAAACUGGCACUCCCAUGACUGCAUCCAUGAGACCUUUCUUGCUAUAUGUCUUCCCUGGUAUCGUCUUCAUUACCACCGCCUGGCUUCCUGCUGCUCUCAAUGUCUGGCUUUGUACCACUGGUAUCAUGGGUGUGGCACAGGUCCACCUUUUCAAGCGUGCUGAUAUCCGUCGCAUGUUCGGUCUGACCCCCAUGGUUGAUGCUGAGCAAGCCCACCGUGAUGCCGUGGCCGCUGGACUUGUCAAAGAAGAGCCCAAGACCAUCGACGUCAAAGCAAAAUCUUACCCUGCCGAUCAGAGACCUAUAUACCAAGCACCCAACGUAAAGUUUUCCACUAGCUCUGCACCUGCUAGGAAGACAGCUUCAUCUACAGCAUCCGCCGAUGCCGUUCUUCAGGCNCCUCAGAGUCCCUUUGACAGCGUCAAGGAGAAGGGAUUCGGUCUCUUCAACAACGCCGGCAAGUCUUGGGAUGCCAUGAAGCAGAGCAUGAACGAUCAAGUCGUCAGAAUGCGUGGAGCAUCCGGCAAGCCCAAGAGUAAGACACGCUCUACCGAGUUCAUGAAGAGCGCCGAAGACUACGAGCGCAGAUGGCAGAAGUACAACAAGAAAUAA